GCUCUGCGGAACUUUUUGUUCGGUCUUCUUUUCGGUUUGACGAUGGCAAUGCGCGCAUAAUUGUUUGGAUCCGAACAAAAAUCGAACACGAAACUCGAGCCAAGCGCACAAGGCAGCUCCCAUGAAUAGGAGUGAAACAAAAUACAAGYCUAGAUAAGACAAMUCUACACUGUCCUGUUCGAGCGUUCGUUUGCCACCAACUGUCGAGGAGGAAAUCCAAGAAACGGAGCGAUCCAUYUGACAACCCAAUAAGAAGAAAAAACAUCACACAUCACAUUACAUCGGAUCACGUCACAAACCAUAAAAACCAUGGAUACCGAAAGCAGCAAUAACCCAAGCAUAUUCUUKKKGAUCGCUCCAACAUCCGGCCAYGUCCGUCCAAGGAGAAGCAGAAGAUCGGCUACCUAUGACAUCGAGGAGAGAGGUUUCAUGUCGACGUCAUCGCCUGUCGGUUUGUCAUCGACCAUUUCUAUCUUUCUGACCAUCAUGAUCCUCUCCGUAUCCAUUGAAGGAUUUCCUCUUCGAUCUAUGGAAUUCCAUAGUAAAACAGUCGAUCGGGAAAGCUUACGAAAUAAAAUGCGAACGAUACAGACCAAUGGUUGGUUUCGCAGCGACAACCAAAGAGGGACAACGCCCCUUUCCAAAAUAAAAGAUUAUUCUCGUUCGGCCCUUGCGUUUAGAAAUCUGGUUUCCAUGAGAAGYAAUGUAGAUGGGUACAGCAACAAGGAUGGUGGUGAGGGAGAGGAGUACGCAGAUGACCUCUUUGAAGAAUUAGACAACGAAAAAGUAUUCCCCCUGGAAUUCGACGACGACGAGGAAGACGACAAGGAAUAUCUAGAGAGGGGACUCGAACGAUUGGAAUCCAUGGAGAAAAUGCUGCAAGACAUCGAGGAAUACUGUAGCAUCGAUGGCAUGUGCGAUGACGAAGAUGAAGACAACGAAGAGGACGACGACAUGAUGAUGAUGAUGGGAGACGUGGACAACCUGGAAGACAUGGAGUCAUUGUUCGAUUUUCUUGAAGAGACAAUGGACAGCGACGUAGAGGAAGACGUCGACGACAUCUUCGACACUAGGGAGGAYGGAGAGGCGAUCCAGGAAGUAUCCACURCAGAGGUUCCGACCACUGUCACGGCUCGGCAAGACAGCUUCUUUUCUCCGAUCGGACUGGAAGAGGCCUUGCUCCAGGGUGUAGUCCCGGUCGACGCCGGGGUCGGAUCCGGCACGCUACCAGGAGACUUCGGCUUUGAUCCGUUUCGAUUUGCCGAUAAGGACUACGUCAAGGAAUUUCAGUACCGUUUCCUCAACUGGCUGCCCGGUGGGAACCCGAACAACGAUCCUCCGCCCAAGCCACGCCCAACGGCACUGGUGCUGCGGGACUAUCGGGAGGCCGAGAUCCGGCACGGGCGGCUGGCGAUGCUCGCCGUCAUCAUCUGGCCCAUCCAGGAAAAGAUCGACCACUUCGUGCUGGGCACCGACACGGCCGGCCCGCUCCUCUACGGGCCGGUGACGCUGCCAUACCUCCCCCUCUUCAUGACGCUCGUCAUGAUGCUUUUGGGCUACCUGGACAUUUACGCCAAGGAUAUCCAGGAGGAGGAGGGSCUCGGCGAUGCCUUUUUGCCCGGGGAUUGCUUCUGGGAUCCCCUGUCAAUUCUGCAAGGGGCUCCGGCAAUGAUGAAACGUAACAUGCAGGAACGGGAACUUUUCAACGGACGGGUGGCAAUGCUGGCCUUUGCUGCGUUUGUUUUUGAAGAGCUCACCAGCCACCAGGCAAUUGUGGACAUACCAAGCAACGAGGUCUUGUUUGUCCCGGCCUAUCAGAUCCCUGUUGUUCAGGAAUGGCUUGACUCGCAGUUUUUGGAGACAUAUACCAGGUAACACGUUUUCGGAGACAUCGCGUUGGAUGAAUACGAGAUCAGUCAACAUGAACACUAAGGAUUCAUAGGAAAAACAAGAAGUUCACAAACGAUACUAUUUCGGAAUACCAUAAUAAGAAAUCAAGAUGCUAUAA